CACUACUUCGUGCUCUACAUUUCAUUCAAUUUCCGGUGGUGGCAGAAAGCUUUUGCUUUGUGUAACAACAAUCACUGAAACUGUCGUUGAACUGUCAGUUGACACACACAUCAAAAUGGAACGAUAACUAAUUCCAGCUCACGGUCAAUUUUAAUUUUCCAUUUUAUGAUUAAGCUUGUUACAGGUUCUCUGUAUCAUGACAUAACCUUUUGUCCAAGGCAUUUCGCAAUCAAAUUUACUGUAUAAGUUCUUUUUCUUUUGAAGUUCAAUGGAUCUCUUCCGGCCUCAACAACCUUCAUCUAGUGGAAGUCAUGGGGACACACCAAGCACAUCUCAGGGCCAUGAAGAACUGGUUAGCCCUUCAAACACAGUUUUAUUCAGAGAAAUUCACAAAAAUGCAUGGCUUAGAAAGCUACCGUCCAUUGAUAAACGCUCUGGUGCUGCUCCCAAGAAAGGAGAACGAGUUUGGGCAGUGUUCUGCGUUCAUGAUGACAUUCAUCCAUUCUUGGAGCUUUAUAUGGAGCAAAAGAUGGCGGCUGCCCAUAAACCCGACUGGUGUGUUUCACUCAGCACAACGCUUCAUGUAUCUCCCACCAUAGUGGCCCUGGACCAAGAAUAUGAAUUUGUAAUAACUCUCACUUCAGAUGUUGUUAGAUUAACAGCUCCAUCAUGGGAAGCUAUGAUGGAGUGGGUUGACACAAUCCGGUCUAAACUACGAGAAAUGAGAGUUUUAUGUCCCAGAGAAAAUGUGUAUAGCAGAAUGCCGGAACCCCGACUACCCCUCUUGCCUACCCGUGAUCCUAACUCUCCAUUACCUCCACCGCCAAUGGGCCCUUCUGCCUUAGUUCCUGGUGUGGAACCUGUUCAUCUUGAUUCUGAUAUUCCAAUUACUUCUGUCGUAAAUACCUCUGGAGGCCAAAGUGCUACACAAUCAAGUCAGAUCUCUAACCGGAAUUUAGCAGACCCAACUUCACAGACGUCAAACUCAGUGUCAUCUGAAGUAGUCCUACCAAAUGCAGCUGAAUCUAGAACAAGACAUAGGAUUAGAAGCUCAUCUUUAUCCGAUAGUCGAGGUGGAUCUACUGGCUCAUCUCUUUGGAAUCCAGGAUCCAAUGGGUCCCCUGCAAGGACUCCAUCAAAUUCUUCAUCAGCUAGGAGUCCUGUACCCAAUGGUGCCACUUCACAUAGCUCAGGAGUCCAUAGUCCAGGUCCCUGCGCUUCAUCACCUCGAAGUCCAGGACCUAAUGGGCUAUCUUCUCAAAGUCCAGGGCCCAGUCAUUCCUCUAGAAGUCCAGUUUCGGUGGUUUCUGUUUCUUCACCAAGAAACCGUCAUCCUGUUUCUCCUGUUCCUCUUCGAUCAGCUCCAUCAUUUCGUAGCCAUCUAACAAAUGGAAAUUUAGAUGAAGCUCUGUCCAGUCCAGGAGCAGCUCAAAAUUCUUCAUCAAGAAAUAUCAGGAGUCCUGUUGGACAGCCUUCAUCAUCUUCACACUCUAGAAGUCCAGCAGCCAGCACUCCAGGAAAUCAAAAUGUGACAGUUAUAGAGGUGGCAGACUCUCAACGCACUCCAAGUGAUAUAUUCAAUUUUAAUGUUCUAUUUGAUUCACUGCCCCAGUCUAAUGGAGAUGUAGAGCCACUAGAACAAUUUUUUACUCCUCCCAUCACCCCUAGAAGUCGAGCUUCAAUUGCCCAUCCUCCUCAGACUGAUCAAUUGGCAACAACAACAUCACCCCCAUCAAGAUUGUGGCAGCAAAUUACUCAAGUUGUUUCAAACCUGAUUGGUCAACCAACUCAAAGUGAAGUUAUCAGAGUUACUCAAGGAGUUACGAACAUCACCAUUCCAUCCCAACAAGAAUCUGCAACUGAAUCUCAUGGCUCAAAUGUCAACAAUGUCUAUGAGCACGUAUUCCCCAUUGCUGGGAAUGACUCGACCACUCCUGCAGAUGAUCUGAGAACAAGGGCGCCACAGACAGCUGUUUCUUCAAACAGACCAGUUCCUGGAGAGGCUCAGCACAGAAGGAGGCGAACUUCCUCUGGCUCUGAGCUUGUAAGCCCAAGAUCGAGGAGUGCUGCAAAUGUUUUACGUCAUGCUGGUGCCCCUGAUCUGGAGAGACGAUUGCACCCAGUUCCUCAUCCAUUUCGACAGGCAACUGUUGGUGGAGAUCAAGGAACUGGAGUUCCUCAGAGAGUGACGUUACGAGAUCAACAAGUUCAGCAACUGAGGAAAGAAAAAUUGCACCCAGGAGGAGUUCGCCUGCAAGUAAGAAGGAAAGAUUGCACCAACUCUAUUGCUUUUAUUGAUGCAUUUGGGGCAGUCUGGAUUGCUGGAUGGAAACAACGUGAACAUCCCAUGUUAUACAAUGCAUUGCAUAUUGGAGAUCAGUUACUAAGUGUGGCUGGACUUUCUGUUCAAACCUCAGCUGAUGCCCAUCGAUUCAUCAGAGCUAGCAACAGUCUCUAUGUUCCUUUUAUAAUUAGGAGAGUACCAUUUGGUCAUGUAUUUGCUUUCCGAAGAGAUGCAGAGGGACAGUCUUUAGGGAUUACGUUAGAGGGAGGAACAGCAGAAAUAAAGGAUAUUGCUGCAGAUAGUCCUGCUGCAAGAGGUGGUUUACCAGGCCGAGCACCCACCUGUGAUGGGUUAUCUCUUACUCCUUGGGUCAUUACUGAAAUCAAUGGAAGACCUUUAAACCUUUUCUUCAAAGAUGGUGAAGUUCGUGAUCGGCUUAAUGCGGUUGGUAAAGAAAUAUCAGUCCUUGUACAGCCGUUUGAUUUGAUAAAACAAAUUAAAAAGCAAUUGAAAACCAUCCGUAGUUAUAAACAAUUUAUUGUCCAAUGACAUUUGAGUCUAAGUAAUAGCUUGAUGUCAAGUGAUUUUUUAAAAGUGAAAUCUAUUCAGUUUUAAAAGUGAUAUUAGGUAAUCGUCUUUAUUACAUAUUAGUCAUCAUCAGUAAUUUUCUGUUGGGCAUAAUCUAAUCCCCACUAUUGUCUUUUCUAUCUUAACUUAAUGGUCAUCAUAUGCUCAUUUUACAUUUAGUCUAAGUCUAAAUGCAUGUUUUGGUAACAGAAUUAAAGAAGAACCUGUGAAACGGAACCAUUUCUAUGUUGUAUAUUGCUGCAGUAACCUAAUGAAUGAAAUGGUUUAAACAUAGUGAUUGCAAUUUUUUUACCAAGGUUUUUUACCCUGUACAAUUUAAUCCAGGGUUCCAUUGUAUUCAUCAUUUUAAGUAAAAAUAAGGGUUGUUAUUGACCUUCAAUGGUACUUUCUAAAUCUGCUAUAAACACCAAUAGCUAAUAGGUAUUUUUUUUAAAUGUGAUUGAGUUACCUACAAUAUGGUUUGUUAUGAAUGCUAUUUCUUCAUUUAUUUUUAUGUUUAAAUCCAUUCUCUUCUAGUGUCUAUUUAAGACCUAUUUAUUAAUUCUGGGUUGUGUCAACAAUGCUCUGGCUGUGGACACAUCUAGGGAAAACUUCUGAAAUAGAAUACUGUGAUCAAUGUAAUGCAAAAAUUCAACAUCCCGUCUGUGGUAUCUUUCUAACAAAACGUAUCAUAUCAUUAGAUUAUACUUAUUCCUAGUCUCAGCAUAAAAUGCAUGUUUUUUAUUGUGAUUGUAAAGGUUCCAGUGAAUAACCUUGUGUUCUGGACUCUCCUGUAAGGUACGUCUUAUUAGAAUGCUGUGUCUAUUGUAGUCAAUAAUGCAGUGUAUUUGAUUUAAGCAAGCACAGCACUGGUUCCCUAUGUUCGAGAGGGAAAAAUACAUCACAACAUUGAAUAGAGGCAUAAAAAAAAAACAUCGGCCAAAUUAUAUGUUCUAUUUUUAAAUAAUCUUUUUAUACUGAAUUUUAUAUUGACGUUUUAUGUAAACCAAGACUGUAUACUAAUUUCUGAAGAAAGAAAACCUAUUUGCUCAAUUUUUUGGAAGCUGUUUCAUCCCAAGCAUAAUAUGACUUACAUUUUUUAAAUUCAGGAUCAAAUAUUUUGUAUAUGACUGGUAUUUCCCUUUUGAAAUAGCUUUUCCUGAAGUAUCAUAUGUAUGUAUCAUUGUUUUCUAACCGAUUCAACUAUGCUGAACACAACUUAUGGUAGUUUCCGUAUAAAAAUUUGGUUGUUCUUGAGUAAAUGGUAUAUUUUAGCCAA